CUUUUCCCCAUAAUUUCAGCCAAGAAAAAAUGUCAUACAAAGAUUUUAUUUUAGUUGCGGAGUAGACGAAAGCAGAAGCAAGCAGUACAACUUUCUUAUAAGUGAAAUGAAUGGUUUCGCGUACGGAUACAUAAGUGAUACGGCCGAAAUAUACUGUGAUCGUCUACGAAGUUACGUUGCAGUAGAAACGUAACAUUCAAGAGCGUGGGGACGUGAGAUUCGAUACGUGUUUUUAUAUUUUUGUACGUUUCAUUUCUUGUUAUACAACAGAUCCUUCUCACAUAAAGCGAUCAUAGUCUAUCGGGAAAAGGCGAUCUGUAAUAGCUGUGUACUGAAUGUUCCAAGCUCGAUUAUUGAAACUUUCAAGUUCAAUUUAUCUGGUUAUGAAAACUGGACUGUAUCUCCCUGUCUGUCUCCGUACAAUCACUCAAAUACAACUGAAACAGCUACACAAUUAAGGUAUCGCCAGGAAGAACUUUCCUUCAUUUGUCAUCACAACUCAAAAGUUUCCACGACACGCGUUAACUCGAACAGAAACUUCGAAACCGAGAGAAGCUGAUCUGUAGUACCAGUCUCUGUUGCCGAGGUGUUGUGGCGUUAGGAGUAGUAUUGAUACUUCUGGCAGCUUCAGCUCUUGUUUAACGACCGAAACAACCCGAGUAUGCACGUCGAGGUCCAAGUGGCGCUGAACUUCCUCAUCUCCUUUCUUUAUAACAAGUUACCGAGGAGGAGGGUGAACCAGUUUGGAGAAGAGUUAGAAAAAGCCCUACGUCAGAAAUUUCAAGGUCAUUGGUACCCCGAAAAACCUAUGAAAGGAUCAGCUUAUCGCUGUUUAAAAACGACGUUUCCUCUUGAUCCUGUAUUCGAGAAAGCAUCCAUAGAGUGUGGAAUGGACUUGCGGGACAUUCAAGAAAACUUACCAAAGGAACUUAGUAUCUGGAUUGAUCCUGGAGAGGUGUCCUACCGUCUGGAAGAGAAAGGGCCCAUUAAGGGACUUUACAGUGUAUCUGACAUCUUUGAAGAAAGCGGUGAACGUGAAAUUUCGCGCACUUUCAAUCCUGAAGCUCAGUCCUUUAAACCAAUAGACAGUGUGGCGUCUCAACUAGGAGGACUGUCUUUAAACUGUGCACCCGCUACAACAACAAGUACUCCUUCUCCCACCUACAAAUCUACUAGCCCUGUGAAUGGUUUCAUACCCAAGACAGCAACUCCUCUCACAUUUACCACUGCUACGUUUGCUCAGACAAAGUUUGGCUCAACCAAGCUGAAAAAUAAUAGUAAAAGGUCUCACCGUCUCUCCCCGACUGAGUUGGGAAAUUCGAUAAAACAGCGAUUCAUGAUGCAACAGGUUCAGCAACUAGCGCAGCAACAGCUAGUCCCUUCUUCUAUUCCCCAGUCAGCAGCUAUGGCAUCAGCCAUCUUUGCUGCUGGAGGAAACUGUGGUGUCAGCGCCCCCCAGCGGCCAAGAUCUCUAUCACCUAAUCCUCAGCCUCAAUUUGAUCCAAAUUUUCUCCUUAUGGCCUCUCUCCAGCAGCCUCAGUUUACUCCAAACACGGCUCAGUUUUCAUCUUCCGCAUCGGGCACGUUUGUUCCAUCUGGAAUGUUUGAUGUUAACCUGAAAGGUUACUCGAACGACUUUAUCUCUUCCUCCAACAUCAGCUCAGCUGUAUCCACCACUCCUGUUACUGGUACCACGAAGAUGACAUACCAGUCAUUAGCCAGUCCGACAAGUAUGACAGCUGUUAACAGCAGGUUUUCUUCAUUUUUUGAAAAGUCUUUCGGAAGUAACGGAAACUCCUUGGGAGGUUUGAAUCUAAACUUGCCACCAUCAGACUCUACGACAUUUGGUAUGGACCCACUCAAUGUGGGUGGUGUAUCCUACACCAACCAGUAUCAACACUUGUUGAUGGCAAACUGAAAAUUACACAUCUCCCGAAUAAAGGAUACCUGCGUUUAUUUGGUUGUCCGAAGUCAAGAUGUACGACUUUUUUUGCGAAAACACUUUGAAUUUUUAGUGUUCUUUCAGUCGGUAUGUGAUAAUAGAAACGACUGCUAGUAUUAGCGUGUUAAUUGAUGUAUUUGGAGUUCAAAAUUAAAUUUUCCACCAGUACGAAUUUAGAAAGCCGUGAUUUUAACAAAGCUUGAGAUUUGCUGAAUUAACGUAGGAUAAUAUAAUAUUGUUAUUUAAUUGUAACUUAAAAAAGCAAUAGGUUUCCUAUUGUAUUCUUAUAGGUGUAAGAGAUGUAAACUGCAAAAAAUACAAAGAUUUGGAAUUGUUUAUAUUGAUUCUAGGUAACACAAUCUAUUUCUUUCUGGUGCGAUAGAAACAAUGUCAAUAUGCAACUAUCGUCUGACUUGUUUUUUACGUUAUAUUAUUGUUGUAGUUAAAAAAAAAAGCUAAUCUAUCAGUUUUAUUUAUGAAAUUUACUUCAAAGAGAUUAUAUCUAAACAAUUCACCAGGUUUGUGGUUAAUGCAUACAUUGUUAUUAAAUUGAUGUCUGAGUUACUAAGGAAUUUUUAAAAGGCACUCGCUGUAAUCCUAGUAUUAAUCUAUUGAUGUUGUUGCCGUAUUCUAGUGAAUAUUUAAGACUGUAGUGGGGGAGGGGGCAUAUAUUUGGGUGUAACCAAAACUAAGUUAUGAAAACCAAAUGCUUGAUAAUAUAAUGUUUUGUUUAAAUACGUUUUUGUUCAGCCGAAUACUUAGGCUUGUAAUAUAUUGUGUAUGUAGUAUGUUAAGGAAUUUAUUUCGUGUAUUAAUUACACGUUUGAGGUUGGUGUUCAAAGUUUUUCUCAACACCGGUGAUGUCGAAUUGGGUAGCGGGUAUAUUUUCUUACCUAGUAAUUUGAAUUAUGUAAUAAUUAUCCCUAUGUGUACAGUAUAUAUGUUAAGAGAACAGACUAUAUUUAAUUAUUCUUUCUAAUAUAUAAUGUUUAGGUAUAUUAAAGGUGUUUUAUCUUUUCUACUUGAAAAACCCAUGUGAUGUUAGCUUACUUUUUUAUAACUAUGUCGAACGCCAACAAUAAACUUGAUUCACAAGAAUAAUUGUUACGAUUAAUAUUAUUAUUAUUAUUAUAUUAUUAGUGUGAAUGUUUUAUAAGAUACACAGUUCUAGAACUUUUCUUAUCGGUAUAAUAGAUACUACGUACCUUUUUUACUCGUGUGCGGUGUCGUAAACAUAGAUUGAGUGAGUGCUUUGGGGUUGCAUGUAACAUAAUUAUUGUACACGUUCUCGUCUCGCACCUACUCAUAUUUCAUUGUGCUUGGCCGUUCCUAUAAGUAUGCCCUUGCUAUAGGUUUUCGUUUUCAUAUCUUGUUACAUUUUUAAGUUUGUAAUAAAUGUUUGAGCAUUUUUCUUAAUGAAAA